AUGGAGAGAGCUGAGAAGAAAACUGAGGCAGAGUCUGCUGCGAUUGAAUCUUUGGCUCUGCUCAGAUCUAUUAGAAAGUCAUGCCGGAGAAUCGAGAUUGGUGGCUCAUUUGUUGCGGUGGGAAUGAAGGGUUACCUAACAGAUCUGGCAGCGAAGAAAUCCAAUGUGUUACGCCAACAAUCGUUUGAGUUUCUCUCUCAAGAUCCGUCUGCAAAUCCGUUUGCCCCUUGUUUUACCGAUCUGUGA